AUGGAGUUAUUACCACCAGAGCCAUGUUUGCCAAAGGUUGAUUCAGCUGUCAGUUUGACUGGUAGUCAUCAAAGGGCCAGUCUAGAAGACUGCUGUCCAGAGGGAAGCAAAGGUGAUGACAGAGAGAAAUCUGAUGUCAAAGAAGUCGUAACAGAUCAGCAAACCACACUGGAGACAAAUUCUUCAAACUUGGAAUGUUCUGAAGAAGCAGCUGUAGAUCCUCAGAUUCAAGAAGCUGUACAAAAAAUGAAUAGACUUGACAAAAUACUGGCAAAAAAACAUUUUAAGGAGAGAACAAUUAAAAGGCAAGGCAAAGAAAUGAGGGCAAAGCUCUGGGAAGAGCUUCAGACUAUCAGAACCACUGGAAGCCAUGAGGAAACAGAAAACACGAAACAUUUUUUAGCUUUGAUCUCAUCAGGGCAAGAUACAGCUGAUCAUUCCCAUGCUAAAGAAAAUGAAACAUACACUUCAGUAUUUCAGACACAGAUUAAUCCAGAAGAUUAUGAUUGCUGUAAGACCCAACAUGGGCACGCUUCACAUGAUACAACUGAAUUAGAAACAAGUGAAUUCCUUAAUCAAGCAGAAAAAACGUAUGGCAAAAGUAAAAACAAUCAAAAUUUCAUUAAAAAGAACAUUGAGCUAGCAAAAGAUUCAGGAAACCAGAUUGUUAUGCUUGAGAGAGAAAGGAAAAGGCUAACUGAACUCUUGAAAGACACAGAAAAUGGAACUAAAUUGCAGGGUCUUGAGGAGGAAGUAUCUGGCUGGCUAGCACCGGGAGAAGGGUACACACCUGAACCAAUGGAAUUUCAUCGACUAAAUGAGAUAGACAUUAAGCUUCAAGUACUACUGUCUGAUGGGGAUUUUUCUCGGAUUUCCAGCUCUUGCUCAAAAUCUCCAAGACCCAUUUACCAGGGUUUUGAUUUAACUACGCUAGUAUUUUCUGUAGCUGUGACGGUUCCAGAGGAGUCGCAUUUUGAUGUUGAUCGUUUACCAGCUGGGAUUUAA